UCUAAGUUGUAAUCGCUUUUGGCUUUGGACUAAAAUUAACAACAAAAUGGUUAUGAACAUUUGGUUUAUAUUAGCAUCGCUUUUCUGUGUUGUUACAAUGGUAAAUUGUCGAUUUGUACCACAUGACUCUGAUAAAAACGUGGACAUUGGAACACCGUUUGCCACUGUUAAGAAGAUGUUGGAGAAUAUAUUUUCCAGACUGAAUGUCUUAGAAAGUCGAAAGGAAGGAAACCUGACGUCAGUGAUGCCAAGAAAUAUGAAAUGUUUGGACGGCUGGAUCACAUUUAAAGAUUCGUGUUAUUUGUUUGACACAAAAAAACUCGAUUUUCAAUCAGCUGAGGCACCUUGUGCUACUACUAUUUUCAGAAGAGAAUGUGACACAAAUUACUGGAUUGGUAUGACAGACAUAGAAACAGAAGGAUUGUGGAAGAUAUCAGGCACAAACAAAAUUGUACCAUUCACAGACUGGAAAGGCAAUUAA